CAGUGUUGAAGCAGCGGGGAAAGAUGAAGGUUCUACUGAGCAGUCUGCUGCUCUCUUCUCUCUGUGCACUCUCAUCUUGGAGUGUUUCAUUGGGCACAUUUGUUGUGAUCCAGUCUCCGGAUGUUUCUGUCAUGGAGGGACAAACAGUAGACAUCACCUGCUGCUGGACGGAGAAGUUUGAAAGAGUGCGAGUAAACUGGCUGAAGAAUGAAACCGAAAUCAAGAAUGAAAUCUUCCAGAAAAAAUCUCAAGGAUCUCUGAAAAGUGCCACUAACUGCUCAAUUCUGAAUUUUCCAAAUAUAAGAAGAAAUGAAUCAGGAAGAUACAUCUGCAGAGUGUUUAUGGAUAUACCAUACUAUGCGUCCACCAAAGGAAAUGGUACAUUGAUCACAGUUAUGGACUUAGAGAGCAGUGAUUACGCCGACAAAGGAGGUAAAUCUUCAGAUUCUGCCAACAGUCAGCUCCCUGUGAUAAUUGCUGUUGCUGUAGUGGUUCCACUGUUCCUCAUCACCAUCGCCUGUUUCUGCAACCUGAGAAGGAAACGAGUACAAGCACUCAGAGUGAUCUAUGAGGUUCCCCACAUUGACUCUGAGGAGGCAGAGCCGGACAAACACAGCACCAGCUCCUCCAGAGGCUCUUCUCAGUGGUGUCAGGUACCUGUGUACGAAUCCGUCGAAUACUUUCAGCAUGUGGAGACCAAAGAAAGUGAAUGAGGAUCUGCUUCAGCGUUUUCUGCUCUUAUGUUUCAGCAUGUAUAUAACGUACAUUCAUGACAGAAUGAUGUAAAUAGUUUUAUAUGAUUGUAAAUACUUUAUAUUCUUCAAUAAACUAAAUCAUAUCCAUA